AUGGCUUGUUGUAUUCGGUUAGAUUGUCGGUCCAUGCCGUCCAUCCUGUGGCCCGUCUCCCAUCCAGCUGAGCCUGCCGCGGUCAUGCGGUUGGAGAUUCGAGUCGAUACAGUUUUGAUAGAUCUGGCUAGCUCAUCAUGGGACGGACCUUUACACUCAUUUUGCAACCAAUGGGUCAAGAGCAGGGCAUACUCGCCAACACCCGGUCCACUUUUGCGAGGCACUCAACUUCCUUACUCUCUGGAUAGCUCCAGCUUCAUGGUCACCUUUGGAGCCGUCACAAGACUUGAUAUGACAGUCAGAAGACAAGCGCAAGCGCUAUUUCGGUCUAGGGAACCAAGAGUUGAGGGAGGAUUGCCGACCAACGGCAGCGCUCAAAUCGUUUUCGGAAUUCCCAUUGGACAUAAAUUCCGGAUUCAUCACCAGUUUCGCACUGGUCAUUGGAUGGAAAAUAUUUCUCUCGCAUGA